AUGAGUAUAGCCGAACCAAAUACACAGACUGCAUCACAACAGGCACUCCAGGCGGCCCUACAAACCUUGAAAGAGCGAUGCCAAACUUUUCAGCGACGAAUUACGGUACUCGAGGAGGAAAAUGGGACACUUCGAACACUGCAGGUAACCACCGUGCCCGACAACCGAGCAGUUAACCAAACCGAGCUAAAGCAACUGCGGGAAACCGUGGCCGAGCUAACACACCAAAAGAUACAGAUGGCGGAACAGAUUUCUAUGGUGGGGACAGAAAACAGACAGCUCUGGAGGCGGUUGUCUCUAAUCGUCAAGGAUCUCGGGGAUGUGGAGGGCGUAAACGUUGGCCCCACAGCAACAAUGGUCACGGUCAAUCAACAGCAGAGAGCAGCACCACCGCCACCUGCAUCAUCCGCUACCAAUCAAACAGGUCAAAAUCUAAUCCGAUCACGCACGUUCACGAAGCACGCACCGAAUCCGAAGUUGCGCGAGCGUUUGCAUCGCGAAAGUUCCGCGGAUGAAGAAGGUAUUAAUUUGGAAGAUAUUUCCCUGUUAAACACCUGUGGCUUCCUAGAAUCGUCUAAUGUAGAUCUUGGACAUGAUGAGGAACUGCUACGUGCGGCACUCGAGGCGAACCCGGACAUUAGCCGAUGUACGGAUGGAUUGCUCGAUAUAAAGAAGGAACUUGGGCGACAACAGACAUUGAUGUGGGAUCUUUAUCAUCAGUUUAGAACAGAAAUCUGCAGUCGAUGCAGUACGAAAUCGUCCGAGAUUGAAAGCGAAAAGCUUAUGAAGGAUGUUAUGGUAGGAGUGGCUGAAAGCGAACUAGCGCCACGAAAACCCCCCGUCUCGAAGGGUAGCCAGUCGAGAGAGGAAAAUGCGCCCACACGGUGUACGGACGCGUUAAUGUUUGACAAGGUUAGCAUGAAUAUGCUGCAGGAAAAGCUGCGUGCCAAUGGGAUGAAAAAGAUUUGUCCUAUGUGCGGGCUGCUGUACGGGCAGGACACGGUUUUUGAAGAGUUUCAAACCCACGUGGAAUCUCACUUUCUGCACGACGGCGAAAUGGAUGAGCUUAGCCUUGACCGUACGUACGAGUACACUUCGCAAACCGUUGGCGAUUUCUGA